AUGAAUGAUGAAAGUAUUUUCAAACUUGAAUGUUUUUUCUAUGGUUUUAUAUCGAUUACUAUAAUAUCACUAUUAUCUCUAAAUGGUCUCAUAUUUUUACCUAUCAUCAGAGGUGAAUGGCGAAACAGAUGGAUGCAAAUAUUUAUUGCUUUAGCUGUUGCAACAUUGAGCUCAGAUGCUUUACUUCAUAUUUUACCACAGGUAGUCGGUGUGCAUGAUCAUUUGCAUCACGAUCACGGUCAUCAGCAUCACCAUCACAAUCAUCUUCAACUAAAACACAAUCAUUCGGAUCAUCAUCAUUAUCAUCAUCACGAAAUGAAUUAUAAUCAUUUGGAUCAUCAUCAUCAUCAUCAUGAAAUGGAUCAUAACCAUACAGUUCGUAAUCAUGAAAUGGAUCAUAACCAUACGGAUCAUAAUCAUGAAAUGGAUCACAAUGGUUCUCAUCAUAGCCAACAUCAUUACCAUGAUGGUCGCAAGAAAUUUGAAGAUGAAAAAUUUGCUUCCGAAGAUCAUUCAAUGUUGCUGAAAAUGACAGCUGUAAUUGGAGCCGUUUACGUUCUGUACAUAUUAGAAUUCAUCAGUGCUUCACCGGAAGUUGCAAAAGUUGUGAAGACUUCCACUUUGUUGCAAGAGAAUUCGCCGAAUUAUGAAACUGGAAGUCGAAAGAGUAUUGAUAAUUGUCAUCGCGGUGUUAGCAACGGUAUUGCGGAUGAACCGGUAGUAAUGUGCGGCCUUAAAAGCACCGCAUUCGUGAUCAUUUUCGGUGACGCAAUUCAUAAUUUCAUCGAUGGAAUUGCUGUUGGCGCAAGUUUUGCUAUAUCAAAUC